GCAUCCGUUUCGCCUGAACCAUGUUCUUCAUAAAAGAAUUGACGCAUACUAUUCUGCUUCAUCCGUCAUACUUUGGUCCUCGGAUGCUCCAGUUCCUGGAGUCUAAGCUAUAUUCCGACGUUGAAGGAACAUGUUCAGGACAGUUCGGUUAUAUCAUCGCUGUCGUCUCCAUUCUAGAUAUUGGGAAGGGUGUCGUCCUGAGUGGUAGUGGGCAAGCUGAGUUUGUGACACGGUACCGGGCAAUCGUCUUCAAACCCUUCAAAGGAGAAGUUGUGGACGGAGUUGUGGGGAAUGUGAACAAGAUGGGUUUCUUUGCGGACGUUGGCCCCUUGACGGUAUUCGUCUCACAUCAGCUCAUCGGGCCAGACUUCCGAUACGAUCCCAACUCUAAUCCGCCCUCUUUCGCUUCGGAGGACCAGAUCAUCGAGAAGAACACAAAAAUUCGGCUAAAGAUUGUUGGAACGCGUGUCGAUGCUACGGAAAUUUUCGCCAUUGGCACCAUAAAAGAAGAUCAUCUUGGUGUCAUCGACUGACGGGUAUUAUGCUGGGUUUUCAUUGCUUUCGUAUCUUUUCGUCGCGUCCUUAGAAUGUAUAUCUAAUGUAACCUAAUGUACCGGUGCCCUCCAGGCAUAGAUUGGGAGAAUGUUGUGCCUGUCGCGCUCAUCAUGACACCUGAA